AUGCAACGGAUAUUUCCGAAGAAUAUCGGUCUCUUCUUACAUAGCUUCAAGCAACAAUCCGUUUGGAAUGUUCAACAGUGCUCAGAAGCACAAUUAAACAGAUUGGUUGUAGUUCGAUCUAUGUUCAUUCAAGUGCAAGAGACACCAAAUCCUCUAACUUUGAAAUUUUUACCCGGUCAAACGAUAAUGGGUGAAGGUAAAGCAACAAUGGAUUUUACAACUGUAUCUGCUGCUAAACGAAGUCCACUUGCAUUACAACUAUUUCGAGUGGAUGGUGUUAAGAGUAUUUUCUUCGGCGAAGAUUUCGUGACAGUAACAAAAAGGAAUGAAGACAUCGAUUGGGCAGUAAUGAAGCCGGAAAUAUUCGCAACGAUAAUGGAUUUCUUACAGACCGGUAAAGCGAUCGUCAAUGAGGGUGAAAUGCCCGAUGGACCCGAAGAUACAAUGAUACAUCCAGACGAUGACGAUACAGUCGCAAUGAUAAAAGAAUUACUAGAAUCACGAGUGAAGCCAAUGGUGCAAGAGGACGGCGGAGAUAUUGUUUAUAAAGGAUUCAAAGAUGGAAUUGUACACCUCAAAAUGAAGGGAUCUUGCACAGGUUGUCCGAGUUCGUCGGUGACACUCAAAUCGGGAAUCAAAAAUAUGCUUCAGUUUUAUGUCCCUGAGGUGGAAGAUGUAGUGGAAGUAAAAGACGAUGAAGAUAAAAUAGUAGAAGAUGCCCUCAACAAGCUGGAAAAAAACUUAAGUGGAAUAUCGGACUAA